GGUUUUCCCUUCAUUCCAACGCUAUGUUCUUUGCUUCCUUGCAGCCAUUGGGGUUUCCGCACUCCAGCCAUAAGGCGGCCAAAGGAUGUGGAGUAACUUCGGGUGGCAUUGAAUAUUUUUGGGUAGAGUGGCGGGGCUUGCAUAUGUAUUCGUUGUGAAUUGGAGUACAUGAGAGGAAAACAAUGCAGCGGCAGCUUUUAUUAUGGGCGUUUUCGGCGGUGUUGUUUUUGAUGCUUUCUGUUGGUAAAUGUGAAACAGGCAAAGAGGAAGUGAGUGCUGCAAAAAGUUUAGUCUGGGGGCCGGGUCUGAGGGCUGAUGUUGUGCUGCCGGUUCGAUAUUUCUAUAUCCAGGCAGUUACCUACUCAGAGGAAAAUGUCACCUAUUCUCCCGGAAGUAAUACAUUCAAUGUGGUCAUCAAAGUGCUCUCCUCCAGAGAACAUGUUCGGCGCUAUGUACCAGCACCCUUGGAUCGAAAUGAUGGAACAUUUCUUAUGAGGUAUCGACUCUAUGGAACUGCCAGUGAGGGGCUAAAGAUUGAAAUAUUUCAUCAAGGUCAACAUGUAGGCCAGUCUCCAUAUAUUUUAAAAGUUAAUGUGCUUUUAAUAAAACCCAGGAUGCCACUCUUUAACCAUGCUCUCUAG